AUACACAGACGAAAGUCGCGGUGAAAGGCGUUUGGGGCAAGCAAAGUUGGACAAGAAGAAGGCGUUUGAUUCCUUCUUUUGUCUCUCCGUUUUCUUAUAACUCUCUGUCCAAUUUUCGCUGUUUGCAUUUGUUGAUUGGAUUGAAUGGCUUUAUGCAAAACUGUUCUUCAUUUCUGUUCCAAUACUCGUUUCGCUGCUUUACUCCCUUCAACGAGGUCGCAUAGUAGCCGCUACUAUUCGCACGCCUUGAACUCCAACUUGAAGCGCGCAUUCCUCGUCGAUACACUUGCGCUGGUAAGGGGGUUAGAAGCAAAAGGAGUCCCGUCCAAACAGGCCGAGGCCAUAACUGCUGCCAUCACCGAAGUUCUAAAUGAUAGCUUGGAAAAUGUGGCCAAUUCUUUUGUUUCAAAAUCAGAAAUGCAGAAGUCAGAGAUGCUCCAAGAAGCGAAUCUCUCCAAGUUCAAAACAGAAGUGCAAAGUUCUCAGGAGCAUCAUUUUUCCCUGUUGCAACGUGAGACUGAAAAGCUUCUUGGUGACAUAGAGAAGAUGAGAAGUGAAUUGAGGUAUGAGAUUGACAAAGUCACCGCUGGACAACGUCUGGACUUGAAUCUUGAGAGAGGACGCAUACGGGAUGAACUUGCUAAUCAGAGUGCUGAAACCAGCAAUUUAACAAACAAACUUGAUCGGGAAAUUCAUGAAUUAAGAGCCCAAUUAGAAGCUGCAAAGUAUGAUGUGAUCAAAUACUGCAUAGGUACUCUUGUCUCCAUAUCUGCAGUGGGUCUCGCAGUAAUCCGCAUCAUAUUAUAGUCUCUUUACUUUUUUUUUCCUUAAUGUUCUUGUAAUGAUAAAAACACUCAUUAUUUCCAUUACUAAAAAUUAAUAGUGUGUUUGAGUGAGAUAUUUUAAAAGAUUAAUUCAUUUUUCUUGAUGAA